GGUGCAUGCUUUGCCUUCAGCCCUUGGGUGCCAGCAGGAUCAAACCCAGCCUGAGCUUAGGGAGGAUGCAAUGCCCUGGCUCAGCCACAGGCUGUUUCUUGGGCUAUAUUCUUACCUUAGGUCCCUGCAGAGUCCCUCAGAGAUGGUCCCUAGGGAGCAGGUAUUUGUCCUCAAGGCUAAAGGACAGAGUCUGGCCCUGCCAUUUCCUGACUUUCUGGGCUCCUGGGAGUCUCCAGAGCGCCCUGGUAUGCUGGGGGUGUACAGAGGCACUGGGUGUGGGUAGCAGGGUUGUCCUCAUCCUUCCCAAGGAUGGGUACUCCAGUGCUGGGUUUGUCCUGGGACUGAGCAGGAAGGUGCACCAGAGCCUGGGCUGGGUUUGGCCUUCCUGCUCCUUCAGCUUCACGCUGCAUGUGCUGCCCCUCUGCUCAGAUCACCCCGCGCCGGGUGCCCAGCCCUGCUGCCCGUCGGGACCGGGGGCUGAUGCUGUGUUAACUCUUCUGCUUGGUGACUCCUUCUUUCUUCCAGGCAACCCGCCAGUCCAAACUAAAAAAGCGCUGAAGCAGCGAUUCCUCAAACUGCUGCCCUGCUGCCGGCCCAAAUCCAUCCCCUCGCUCAGUGAAAGCAAGACAGUGCUGGCCUCAGCCACCCUCUCUUCCCCUGGGUUCCUUGCAGACAGUGUUGAGGAUGAGUUUGAGCUCUCCACCGUCUGCCACCGCCCCGAGGGGCUGGACCAGCUCCAGGAGCAGACCAAGUUCACCCGCAAAGAGCUGCAGGUCCUGUACCGAGGCUUCAAGAAUGAGUGCCCAAGCGGCAUUGUCAACGAAGAAAACUUCAAGCAGAUCUAUUCACAGUUCUUCCCUCAAGGAGACUCCAGCACCUAUGCCACCUUCCUCUUCAACGCCUUCGACACCGACCACGAUGGCUCCGUCAGCUUUGAGGACUUUGUGUCUGGGCUGUCCACCAUCCUGCGGGGCACCAUUGAUGAUCGCCUGAACUGGGCCUUCAACCUCUAUGACCUGAACAAAGAUGGCUGCAUCACCAGAGAGGAAAUGCUGGACAUCAUGAAGUCCAUCUAUGACAUGAUGGGCAAAUACACCUACCCGGCCAUGCGGGAGGAGGCGCCGCGGGAGCACGUGGAGAACUUCUUCCAGAAAAUGGACCGGAAUAAGGAUGGCGUGGUGACAAUCGAGGAGUUCCUGGAGUCCUGCCAGAAGGAUGAGAACAUCAUGCGAUCCAUGCAGCUCUUCGACAGCGUGAUUUAGCUCCCGGACCUGCCUCCAGACGAGCUCUCCUGACACUGGGCCCAGAACCUUCUUCUCUCUCUUGACUUUUCCUUUGAGACUCCCCUCCUCCGGCUGCACAGACACCCCCAUGGAAAGGGGCCUUUCUUCCCUGAGAUGCAGUCGGCGCCGAGACCUUCCCUUUCCCCUGGCCCAGCUCUGCUUUCCUCGGGGAAUCCCAAGCAGGUGCUCCCAGAUGUUGGAGCAUGGGCAUGGCUGGCACAGGAUGAGAAUUUCACCUGGAUGGACCUCCCUGCACCCAGUCCCGGUGGAAAAGAUGCAUCCUUGGGCUGCAGUAGAGGUUUUUCCCAUGCACACCACCCUGGGCAGCCACAGCUCGCCUCCCCUGAUCCUCCCCAGCCCCAGGAGCCUCCAGUCCUGGCUCCAGCCCAGAUCCUCCAGCAGCACUGUCUAGAAACCAGUGAAAUCUUGCAAAGGGCACAGCCAGUGCCUGGGCUCCUCCCUGCCCUGGCUGUGCCCUGCUGUGGGCAGCAUGGCUGGUGUGUCCACUGUGAGCCACCGGCCACCCUCCCUGUCCUGACCCUGGGCCAGUGGGGGGGCAGAGGGGCCGUGCCUGGAGAAGGCAGCCACAGGAGCCCUUGGGUCCAUUGCUGCAUGAGCUAUGAGGAGCAUCCCCUGAUCCCAGGGAUCCUGCUUACAGCUACAAGGCUCUUCCUGACAGGGGCAGAGGGGAGGUGACUUGUAGUGGCACUUGUCCCUCAGGAUGGACCAUGCAGGGCUGGGAGAGCUGCAACCUCAGCUCCUGUCCCUCAGGUUUGGGUGCUGGCACAGGGGGACCGCAGGGAUCCACUUUGAGGCUCCAGUGGAGAGACACCCUUUCCAACCCUUCCUGAGGACAUGACAGCCAGGGG